ACCAAGCAAAAGGGAAUGAAUGACAGAAUCGUAUGCGGAAGUUUUUUGGUGUUCGAUGAUUUCUCGUUACCAAGCGACUAAGAUCUUUCUAAAAUGAGUAAAGCAAGUACGGCAAAGAAAGAGAAGAUGAGUGUGGCAAGUGAGAUUGACCGCAUUGAGGAGCGCAAAUUACACUGUAAAAACAACCUGGAGAGGGCGGAGUUUAGACAGAGAAAAGAGCAACUCUCGGACCACGACAGACAGGCCCUGGAAGAUGAAAUGACCAUAAUGAAUGAAAGAAUACAGAAAUACGAAGACGACUUGCAGAUGCUUAGAGGAGAGAACAGGAAGAACAUGAUGCUGUCCGUUGCUCUGUUAGCCAUCAGUGCUCUUUUCUACUACACAUUCAUACACUAAAGAGAAUUAUUCUACUAAAUAUAUUGACUAAGAAUGAACUAUGG